AUGCCCUCCAACCCAACCGACCACCACGCCUGGCUGGGCGGCGUAAUCGCGCACGUCGAUUCACCCUCCCACCAAAAACCCCUCCACCCAGUCCUCCUCGACUUCCAAUCCCUAAUCAACAAAAACACCCGGAUCCACAUGCUCCUGCACUCCAUGUUCAGCGAAAUCCCCUCCAACAGACCCUACACGACAGACCCAACCGGGUGUCCCCAGAUCCGCGACCCCGAGCACCUCCUGCGCGUGUUAAACCAUCUCCUCACGACCGCGCCCUCGUGGAACGACCUCUCGAAACGGGUCGGAUUGGUCGGGUUACCGAUCAACGCGGUGCUGGAUUGGCCCAUGGGCACGGGGAGCGGGUAUGCGGCGUUUUUGGACCCGGAGGUGAACGCGAUGAUCAAGCGGGUGUUGGACGCGUGGGGCGAGUUUUUGUGCUCGCGCGAGAGUGCGACGGUGUUGGAUGAGUCGGACACCGGGUGGUUUGGACCCACAGGGAAGGAGUGGCUAGUGAGGGUGGCGAAUCAAGGGAGACAGGAUGAUGGGUUGGGGUUCGAGGAACUGUAUAUCUGUGAUCCCACGAAGGAGUAUCAUGGGUACAACUCAUGGGAUGAUUUCUUCACGCGGCGGUUCAGAGAAGGCGUUAGGCCUGUGGCGGCGCUAGGGGACGACGACGUCCUGGUGAAUGCGUGCGAGUCGCAGCCAUAUAAGCUGGUGAGAGGGGCCAAGGCGAGGGAUCGGUUCUGGAUUAAAGAGCAGCCAUAUUCGAUCGAUGAUAUGUUGGCGCAUGAUGACCUGGCAGAAGGGUUUGCGGGCGGAACGGUCUAUCAGGCGUUCUUGAGUGCGCUGAGCUAUCAUCGGUGGCACUCUCCUGUGAGUGGACGGAUCGUGAAGGCGUACGUCGUUCCGGGGACGUACUAUUCUGAGCCUCUGUUUGAGGGACUCGGGGAUCCGAAUUCGACGGCCCAGGCCAGCAAUGAGAUCGAUCCGGCUGGCGAGGUCACCGCGCAGGAGUACCUGACGGCGACGGCGACGCGGGCGGUGAUCUUUAUCGAGAGCGACAAUCCGAAGAUCGGGCUGAUGGCCUUCCUGGGGGUCGGAAUGUGCGAGGUGUCGACGUGUGAUGUGAGGGUCAAGGAAGGGCAGCACGUCACAAAGGGGGAUGAGAUCGGGAUGUUUCAUUUCGGGGGGUCGACGCAUUGCUUGCUCUUCAGACAGGGAGUGAAUUUGGAUGGAUUUCCUGAUACGAAGAUGGAGGAGAAUGUGCCAGUCAGAAGUCGUUUGGCUGUCGUGCAUUGA